AAGUACAGCUGAGAAGCUGUGCUCUACCUUUCCCUGGUGAAUCUGAUAAGACGACAGGGACUUCACAAUGGGCUCCAUCAGUGCAGCAAAUGCAGAAUUUUGUCUUGACGUAUUCAAAGAGGUGAAACUUCACCGCAGCAAUGACAAUGUGCUCUUUUCCUCCCUGAGCAUGCUUUCAACCCUGGCCCUGGUGUAUAUGGGAGCAAGGGGUAAGACUCAGUCCCAGAUGGAGAAGGUUCUUCACUUUGAUAAUGUUACAGGAGAUAGAGACAUUUCUGACUCCCAGUGUGGCACUGCUAAGUACAUCCACAAAUCAUUCAAGGAUCUUCUCUCAGACAUUGGCCGGCAAAAUGCUACUUACUCACUCAGGAUUGCUGACAGACUCUAUAUUGAAAAAACAUACCCUAUUCUUCAGGAAUACAUAAAGUGUGCACAGAAAUUCUACAAGGCAGAGCUGGAAGAAGUUGACUUCAAAACAGCUGCAGAGAAAGCACGACAGAUCAUCAAUUCCUGGGUGGAAAAAGAGACAAAUGGACGUAUCCAAGACCUCAUUGUGUCAGACUCUAUUGAUCUCAAUACUGCGCUGGUCUUUGUGAAUGUCAUUUACUUCAAAGGGAUAUGGAAAACUGCAUUUAAAAAAGAAGACACUGAGGAAGAGCCUUUCAAUGUGACCGAGCAAGAGAGCAGACCAGUGCAAAUGAUGUAUCAGAACAACACCUUCAAAGUGGCAAGAGUGGCUGAAGACAAAAUUAAGAUCUUGGAGCUUCCGUACACCAGUGGAGAGCUGAGCCUGUUGGUGCUGCUGCCUGAUGACAUCUCUGGCCUGGCACAGCUGGAGAACAAAAUCAGCUAUGACAAACUCAUGGAGUGGACCAGUCCCAAGGUGAUGGAAAAGAAGAGGGUGAGAGUGUACCUCCCACGCAUGAAGAUUGAGGAGAAAUAUAACCUCACAUCUGUCUUGACAUCCUUGGGUAUGACCGACCUGUUCAGCCCCUCAGCCAACCUCUCUGGCAUCUCUUCAGCAGAGAGCCUGAGGAUAUCUGAGGCCAUUCACCAGGCAUACGUGGAAGUCACUGAAGAGGGCACUGAGGCGGGUGGCUCAGAGGUUGUGACCGGAGAGAUCCAACAGUCCUCUGAGGUUGAAGAGUUCAGGGCUGACCACCCAUUCCUUUUCUUGAUCAAACACAAUCCAAGUGACAUGAUCAUCCUCUUUGGUAGAUAUUGUUCUCCCUAA